AUGUCGCAAAAGAAAGACCUGCAUGUCGGAACCAACAAGCACCGCUGGUGGAAAGAAGCGGUGGUAUACCAGAUCUACCCUGCUUCGUUUCUAGACAGUAACGGUGAUGGCUGGGGUGACGUCCCUGGCAUCACCCAAAAGCUCGACUACCUGAAAGACCUCGGUGUGGACGUAAUAUGGGUCUCGCCAAUCUACAAGAGCCCGCAAGCGGAUAUGGGGUACGACAUUGCAGACUAUGAGGAUAUCGAUCCCAGCUAUGGCACCUUAGCCGACGUUGACAACCUCAUCAAAGAAGUCAAAAAGCGCGACAUGAAACUCGUCAUGGACCUUGUCGUCAACCAUACAUCGGAAGAGCAUGCAUGGUUUCUGGACUCGCGAUCAUCAAAGGAAUCAUCGAAACGCGACUGGUAUAUCUGGAAGCCUGCAAAGUACGAUGCUGAUGGAAAUCGCCUGCCUCCAAACAACUGGGCGCAGAUCCUAGGAGAGGCCAACUCUGCGUGGACCUGGGAUGAGAAGACUCAGGAGUACUAUCUAUCGCUCUUCACGCCCGAACAGCCGGAUCUCAACUGGGAAAACCCCGAUGUGCGCGCAGCCGUACAUGAUAUUCUGCGCUUUUGGCUCGACAAGGGUGUCUCUGGAUUCCGCAUGGAUGUCAUCAACAUGAUAUCGAAGGUUCAGACAUUCCCGGAUGCGGCCAUCUCGGUCAAAGACAACAAGUACCAGCCUGGCGACAAGUAUUACGCCAACGGCCCAAGACUACACGAGUGGUUGAAGGAACUUCGGCGCGAUGUGCUCUCGAAAUACGAUACGCUCACUGUCGGAGAAAUGCCAUUCGUCCGCGAUGAUGACGAAGUAAUCAAAGUCGUCGGUGCCGAAAACGAAGAGCUGAACAUGAUCUUCGUCUUCGACUUGGUGGAUAUCGACAAUGUACCCGGCGAUUUCAAAUAUACUCUACAGCCAUGGGAUGCGCGGGACCUGAAGAAGAUCGUGAACAGGCUGCAGCGCCUGAUGCUCGAGCGCGACGGCUGGAACUCGCUCUACGUGGAAAACCAUGACCAGCCUCGGAGUACUACCCUCGCCGGAACGUUAUACGUUUACCAAGGCGAGGAGAUUGGCAUGCGCAACGUGCCUAAAGAGUGGAAACCCGAGGAGUACAAGGACAUUGAAAGCAUAAACUUCUUCAAAAAGUACCGCGACCUCUACCCCGGCAAUGCAGAAAAGCAGGCCCUAGCAGCCAAGAUCAUGCAACGCAAAGCUCGCGACAGCGCCAGAACACCCAUGCAAUGGGACUCAUCCGCCCAAGCCGGUUUCACCAGCGGAAAGCCCUGGAUGCGCGUCAACGACGACUAUCCCAGCAUCAACGCCGCAGCUCAACUUGCAAAUCCUGAACCCUCGCCCGGUAUGCUCUCCGUUCGCGCAUUCUGGAAGCGCGGUCUCGAGUGUCGCAAGGAGAACAAGGACGUCUUCGUGUACGGUGAUUUCGAGAUGCUUGAUAUGGAGGAUCAGAAGGUCGUUGCCUAUCGGCGGUGGAGUGACAAGAAUGCUUUCAUCACUGUGCUGAACUUCAGUGGAGAACAAACAGUAUGGGAGAAGAUGGGCGACUUGAAAGUGAAGAAGUGGGUUGCUGGCAACUAUGAUGAGAGGCAAUUGGAUGGGAAGGCGAAGAGUGGGAAGCUGGAGUUGAGGCCUUGGGAGGCUGUGCUGGGUAUGUUGGAGUAA